GGAAAAGGAUAGGUGUAUAACGCGAAAAUUACGCGGACAGUCGACGCGCUUCCUUUCACUUGCACAUCAGACUGUAGUUAGACCACGGUCACCAUUUCUCACGCCCUGCUUCACAACAACUAUCUCCUCUUUCUAAUCUUUGGUCAAGUCACGCAUCACCAUUUCCCACGCCCUCCUUCUCGACGACGACCUUCUUUUAAUCCUUGGUCAAGUCACCUUGGACAUCAGAACCCCCUCUCUCAACACCUAUCUCCUCCUCUUAUUGUUUGGUCAAGUCACCUUGCACAUGAGAACACAGUAAAACCACAAUCACCAUGGCUCAUAUCCUCUCUCUCGAUAACGGUUUCCUCUCUUUAAUCGUUGGUCAAGUCGCCCAUCACGCUGAUCACCUCUCUCUUCGCCAGACUUGCCGGUUGUUUGAGGCUCUCGUUUCUCAAUACCUCUUUCGCCAAGUGGCGGUCUCUCCUAUCGGCAAUGAUCUUGCCAAAUUUUUGCGCGUCGCCUAUAGUCCUAGGCUAAGCCAACACGUCCAGGAGCUGAUCUGGCUCGAGCUGGACUGUCCCAUCGCUGAAGGGAACAGGCUUCAUUGGCCUUUCCCGCCUACCUCAGUACGACCCGGGGAUCAUAUGGUUUUAUGCGAAAAGAACGGUCUGUUUUGGCACUCAUACUCGCCCUUGGAUAUUCCAAGUGAAAUCACCAAUGGAAGACCGUACAUGGUACGCGACGGACUUUUGCCCGUUUUUCUUGAAGCCAUUAAGCGGAUGCCCAAACUCCGUACCUAUACCUCCGUUUCCAUUGACUUCGAUACAUUUCAUCGCCGCUGUGGCAGAGAAAUUACUAUAACCCGCUCGAGAGAUCUUCGAAGCCAGCGCUGGCCGUGCGCCUGUCGGUCGCAACUCAUACCUGGGCAAAAUGCCCCAGCAAACGUUAUCUUCUUGAAAGGAGCCGAACUUUACGUUCUUCCAGCUCUGGGACAGAAGAACGCGGUCAGAAACAGAUGGCUCCAGCUGCACUGGUUGGGCAGUUCUUACUUCGUGUACAGGCCUCCCCAAAUCCCCCUUCAACUGGCGCAUGUACCGCCGAUAUCCGAAGCUCUGGUUGAAUUCAUAUUCAACAUUGGAAGAAUCGACAGCCCCGUUGGGGAACCGGAGCGCCGUCAACGCCACCUCGAGAUGCAACACAAACUGCAUGCUUGUCUCGCAAACGCUCAAAACCUCCGCACCCUACGUCUCACAGCAUUCCAGAGAUUUCCAGCCGCAUGGCCCUGCGCCAAGAAGGUCCGUGACCAUUACUUCUUCGACCUGCUGGCUGGACAAGCGGCUGGUCCCAACAGCGGUGAACUCUACCUUCCGAAGCUUGACUGUCUGAGCCUUGAGAGCGUUAGCUUCAGCCAGGCGGGUCUCAAGAAGUUUAUCGAGCGUCAUGUCCACACUCUUCGUAUUCUCGAGUUAUUCGACUGCCGCCUAGAGUUCGACACGGUGAAGCGCCUGGCCACACUGGGCUUGCGACUCGACAAGUUCGAAGUGACCUCGGUCAGGUUGAUGAUCGAAGAUAUCAGGAGAAUGAGAGAUGCGCAGUACCAAUUUUUCGGAGGUCGCUGGACGACAUGGAGAGUCUUCGAGUUUAUCACGCCUGAAAGCCUGCUGAGAUUGAUCAACAACAAUACCACACCAGAAGCCGAGUGGGCAAUUCUCGAACCUACGCGCUUUGGUCGCAUCCCAUAUCAGGCACACUUCAACUUCCUGGUCACGACUGAGGAUGUCAGAGAAUCUUACCGUGCUGAUUGGUUCAACAUGCCUGCUGGCGACAUAUUCGAGCAACAUUGGCAGAGCCUUGUCCAAGAAGGAACGGGAAUUGACUUCCGGCAGCCUAGCCAUCCAGAGAUGGUGAGAUGCUUGGGCGACGAACACGGAGAGGGAACGUAUUACCCCGAUGAUGGUGCGGUUAUCUACCCAACGGGUGAAUCACCUGGGUAUGUCCCUGCUGAUCUGGCACUUCUCGAGAAGUUGAAGCGGCGUGCCCUGGAACUCUCGUUAUCACCCGAGCAUGUGGAAGAGGUGCAGUCGCUCAUGGAAACUCGCAGGCGUGAGGAAGGAGGAUCUGGUAACGAGGGCUCAUACUGAAGGGGACGGCAAUACCAUCACUGUUGAAGUUUAUGUCAGAACUCAGACUCUAGUUGGGAAGAAGGGUUGGUAAGCAACGCCUGGUGGAAUAGCGGAACAAUUCGAGAUGGAAAAAGAGACACAAAGAGCUACGUGCAUUGGAGGACAAACAGAGAGAUACAAGGGGGAUCGAUAGGGAAAUUUGCUUCGGUACGUAGCUUGCAAGAUCUUAUCUGAUGGAACAGGCAUUCCAAGUGAUUCUCCGUGACUAUAACUGCAUCCGAAGUUACCUAGUGCUAAUGGACAUUGAUAUCCAUAGGAAAGCGGUUUCGGAGGCUGUCAACAUGUCGUGCUCGAGGCGGACCUUCAAAGAGCCACCUCUCUGACUCUGAUCCCCAUCGAAUCACAUCUAGCACAACAAUGGGCAAGAGCAUCACCGUCCUGCAUUAGUGAGCAUCCGAGCCGUCCAAGGGGUAUAAAAAGUCGUCCGCUGUUGGUAGGCAGCACAUUGAGG